ACGUACAGCCAAACCCAAUGUAUAGAAGGUGAUUAUUUAGUUAAGCUGGAUUGUUGUCAUAUUUCCUCAAAAACUUUUUGAGGGCAGCCUUGAAGAUUUUCUGAUUUUCUUAAUCAUGAGAAACGGAAUGGAGGUAAAAUUGGCUUAGUCCACUAAAACGUAAGCACGAGGCGGGACUUUAAGCGAGAGGUGUUCUACUGAGUUUUGAAUUCUGUCCGGAAUGGAAUGAAAAUAUCUCACCUAUUCGUAUUCUUUACCAAAAGAGGAUAAAAAUCACCUGUACCGUGCAAACAACAAUGGUGCGAAGAAGGCUCCUGAGCAUUGCGAGUGCAACCUGUGUUCAUGGCACCCAGGGUAGUCCAUCUUCUUCCCAACAUUCCUUCUCUGCCUCAACCAAAUUUCCAAUUGCGUUGCAACUCCAACCUCAUUUAAGCCAAUAUAUGUCUCCACACAAGCUUUCCAAAGAAAAUUACAUAUCCAGCCAUCAGACAGCCCCAUAUUUUCAUUUAGUCAGCCGUGGUAACUUUUCUACCUUAGCAACUGCUGUAAAUUCUGCAAUAAAAUGCUGGGCAUGUGGUGCAGAAGCAUCCGAUAGCCCAUUUCUAGCAUGCUCCUCAUGCAAGAGCGUUCAGCCUCUCGAUUCUUCUGUUGAUUUUUUUCAUAUAUUCAAUCUAGAACCAGGAUAUGAUGUGGAUGCCAAGGAUCUGGAAAAGAAGUACAAAGAUUGGCAGAAGAGACUACAUCCUGAUUUAUUUCAAUGCAAGUCCGAGCAAGAGAAGGAGUAUUCGACCCAGCAAUCAGCUCAAGUAAUCAAGGCUUACAAUACACUUCUUAAGCCCCUGUCUCGAGCAGAAUAUAUGGUUUUGAUGCAAGGAUGGAAGGCUAGGAAAGAUGAAUGUUCAAGGAGGAAUGAAGAAUUCUGCUAUGACAGGGAUUUUUCGACAUCAUCAAGGGGGAAGAUCAACACAUUGAAAGGAAUGAAGAGACAAAUGCAAAGGACUUAAAGAUGAAACUCAUCAAGAUGUAGAGCUUCACAAUCAAGGCAUAAAUGAUGAGUAAGGCUAGAAGGCGUGAAGGAGAGAUUCUACAUGAAAAUAUGCUGCAUACAUAUGGAGAUACUUCCCCACAUCAAGGCGAGCUAUCUAAGCACAUCAUGAACAAAGGAAGGAUCCAGCAUAGAUAUCACAGAGCCUACAUCAAAAUCUUGAAGGAAGACUUCAUCACAUGAGAGAAGAUCAAGGAACACUUCAGCAAGGUCAAGAAGAUUAAUCACCAAUUCAAGGAGAAGGUCAAGAACAUCAAGCAUAAACAUCACAACCCCUACAUCAAUGCAAGGAUCAAGGUGAAAUGCUAUACAAAGGUGGAAUUCCCAAGUAUGAAAAAGGAUAGGUGAAAGCGAUCGAAUCAGAUAGGAUGAUACAAUUUGGGAAUAUCUCCCACUAUCAUCACAUUUGUCAUGAAGCUUGGAUAAUGUUUAGUAUCAAGAGAUAUUGCUCAAACACAUACACUUUGUGAUGACAAGAUUAAUUGGCUGAGGUGGCUCCUAGCUGUCAUCAAACCAAUCACAUCAUUCCAAGUCAAAGCGUCCAACUUUAAUGUACUGGACUCAUCCAUCAAGGAGGAUAACUACCACAUGUGGAGGCACAAAGUUCAAUGUAUCUAACCUCAUCACUCAUUGUUCGACAUUCAAAGAAGGACAUGUGUCCUAUUCAUUGUAAUUUUCUUAUUGGUCAAGGCGUUUGUUGUAACAAACCCUAAUUAGGGUUUUAUUGUAAAAUCUUGGCCAUUGAUUUGAGAAUCAAUCUGAGCCUUUGAAUUGUAAUGAGCUCUCUAUAUAAGGCUUAGUCUCCUCAUUUGUAAAGGUUAAUAGUAGCAGCAAAAAUUAAUAGAAGUAAGAUAGCAAGUAUAGUAGAGUAGGA